GUCAGAUACGGGAAUCACAUGUCCACACACUUCGGGAAGAUUUGUUUUUGUACGGCGUUUGGGCUUGGAAAAUAUUGGGAAAUGGCUACCCUUAAACUAUUAUGGACAGAAUCCGUAAACAUGUGGACUAAUGUGCAUGUGACACGGUAGAGAAGUGCAUAGAGUAUUUAUAGGAACCGGCUUUUAUAACGCUAUCAGCUUGCUCAAGCAUGCAUGGAAAUCUAUGGGAAUUCAUUGUUGGCGGAGAUUCACCCAUUAACAGGAAGUAGGAAUAGCCAAGCGACUGAAGCUGUUUUGAUUAGUGCGCUGUUUUUUUGUUUUGUUUAUCUUUUAAAUUAUUACACUUUAAACAAAAAAUCUAAGAAAUAAACCAGUGUUUUAUAAUGAAAGUGGGAAAAAUAUCGAUGGAAUAUUGUAACUAAAAAUUCAAAGUCACCGGAGCUCGAACCUGUGUGUGAAGCUGUUUUGAAGUCCCAUGUAUAGACAUUCAGCUUGCUUUUGUGCUGUUUUUAGAUAUUUUUGUAGUCCUAUUUUUUUAACAGACAAUAUCAAUUGGAUGUAUACAAGACGAACGAACUAACUUUUGAUGCCAUGUCUGAGAGAAAAGUGUAAGCGGUUUUAACAAGUUAUUCGAAGGUAGAAGACCUCCACCCAAUAUGAGGUCGUCUUUGGCUCCCGGCAUUAGACUGAUCAAUUCCUUCUCAAGAGAUAGCGGGUACAGAGGUUUCACCCUCUUCCUCACCUUUCUCUUCUAUACCAGCUACCAUCUCUCCCGGAAACCCAUCAGCAUCGUCAAGAGUGAGCUGCACAAAAAUUGUUCCACCCUCAUUCGGCCACCAAACCUCAACGGAACUGACAAUGGAACCUGGUGUGAUUGGGCGCCAUUUGACCGGGACAACUACCAGACACUGUUUGGAGCCGUGGACAACUCUUUCCUCGUUGCUUAUGCCAUUGGCAUGUUUUUCAGUGGGAUAUUUGGUGAGCGUGUACCCUUGCGCUACUACCUGACCACCGGGAUGCUUCUCAGUGGUCUCUUCACAUGUCUGUUUGGCCUGGGCUUCUACUGGAACAUCCACUCCAUCUGGUACUACGCCUUCGUCCAGGCAAUGAAUGGACUAGUGCAGACAACGGGCUGGCCUGCAGUGGUGGCCUGCGUUGGGAACUGGUUUGGAAAGGGGAAACGAGGGUUCAUCAUGGGCGUGUGGAACUCACACACCUCGGUAGGCAACAUCCUGGGUUCGCUCAUCGCCGGCAUCUUUGUAUCCUCGGCUUGGGGCAUGUCCUUCAUCGUGCCCGGCAUCAUUAUCGCAUCCACGGGCAUACUCUGCUUCUUCUUCCUGGUGGAGAAACCAGAAGAUGUCGGCUGCAGCCCUCCGCAGCACCAUGAGGACAACGAGAAGGAGCCUCUCUUACAAAACUCAUCUACUAACGAGGAGAUCUUCAGCAGUCCUGGCCUGUCGAACUCUAUCUCCUCCGAGUCGACAGAGGAGCACACCGAGGCCAUCAGCUUCUGUGGGGCCCUCAGGAUACCUGGUGUAAUGGAGUUCUCCCUCUGUCUGCUGUUCGCUAAGCUUGUUAGCUACACCUUUCUCUACUGGCUUCCUCUCUACAUCUCUAAUGUUGCCCAUUUUGACCCCAAAGAAGCUGGGGACAUGUCAACACUAUUUGAUGUAGGAGGAAUUGUGGGGGGCGUCGUGGCUGGUCUGGUGUCGGACCAAACUGGGGGCAGAGCCUCAACCUGCUGUGUCAUGUUAAUCGUGGCUGCUCCUAUGCUGUUCCUGUACAACCACAUUGGACAGCAUAGCCUAGCAACCACAAUCGGGAUGCUGUUGGUGUGUGGAGCCCUGGUGAAUGGACCCUAUGCCCUCAUCACCACCGCUGUGUCUGCUGACCUGGGGACACAUGAGAGCCUGAGGGGAAACUCUAGAGCGUUGUCAACGGUCACGGCCAUAAUUGACGGCACAGGGUCAAUAGGUGCUGCCCUAGGUCCUCUGUUAGCAGGACUGCUCUCUCCGACGGGGUGGAACAAUGUCUUCUUCAUGCUGAUCACUGCUGAUAUCCUCGCCUGUUUGCUGCUGUCCAGGCUGGUGUAUAAGGAGGUGAGGGGCUGGUGUGGACACAGCCCCAGACAAAGAGGGUUCAAAGAAAUAUGAGUGGGUGCCUGGGACAAGAGACCAUAUCACACAUGCAAGGAAGGACGCAGGAAAAAGGACCAAGGACUAACCCCUGAGGUGCAUGACGAUUUAUAGGGUGCCGAUCCUUUCAUCCUUAAUGGACCCAGACCCUGUCACCAGCGGGUGAAAGGAUCUGGAAAAGGAGGAAGGGGCCAUUGAUAUUUUGGGACAAUCUGACGGCGAGAGAGAACAUGUCCUUUCUUCAAAUGGUCGCAAAGCACUUUCUCUCUUAUACCUUUUUUAUGAUUAUUUUGUAUGUUUAUUUUCUUCUCUGUUAGCCCCUCUCGGGGCUGUGUGCAUCUCAUCUUAUUAUUAAAAUGAUGUGCACACUGCAUUUCCCCAAUCUCUCCUCAAUGGUUACUAACAGUUAAAAUCACAUGCUAGUAUUGGGCAAGCUACAUUGGGCGCGCAUGUUUUGCACAGCCUGGAGAACGCCGAACUACAUAUGCAGCGAAGGAGGAAUUUGCAGUUGUAAUCAAGUGCUGUGGGGGCAAAUGUUGUCACUAACUAAACCAGUACAGAUAAGGAUAAAUUGUCUGACCGAUCAAAAUAAUCAUUUCUCAGACAGUACCAUCACAUCCUUCCAUUUGUCUCUGAUGGAAAUGUUUGUUGAUCAAUUAUUAGAAAUGUGUUUGUAUCCACCACAUGCAUUUUGUUGUUGUUUUGUUUUUGACGAUACUGAUGGUUUCUACGGCUGUGGCCAGAAGUGACUUUACAUCGCAGGUUAGAAGUAUUAACAUAGGAGAAUGAGGUUAAGGUUAGGAAAAGGAUUAGGCUAGGUUAAAACAACUAUUUUCCCAGAUGCAAUAACUCCAUCUAGCCACAACCGUAGAAACCACCAGACCUGACAAACCAUUAGGGAAAGGGAAAUACCUAGUUGUACAACUGGAUGCCUUCAACUGAAAUGUGUCUUCCACAUUUAACCCAACCCCUUUUGAAUCAGAGAGGCGCAGGGGGCUACCUUAAUUGACAUCCACAUCUUCAGCGCCUGGGGAAUAAUGGGUUAACCACCUUGAUCAGGGGAAGAACAACAGAUUUUUACCUUGUCAGCUUGGGGAUUCGAUCCAGCAACUUUUGGGUUACUAGCCCAAUGCUCUAACCACUAGGCUUCCUGCCACCCAUUAGUAUCAUAACAGGGGGAUUUGACUUUUGUCCCCGGGCUCCCAAAUUGCAAGUUGAGUUCUACAGAUGUAAGCUCUUAAUCUGAUCACCCUGUUAUAGUAGAACUUUGGGCCAUGCAAAACAAGCUCACUCAAUGUUUUCACGUGACUUUGAUUUGUAAACAUUUCAAUGGCACAUGACAACUAUGCCCUCUGACCAACAACAGGCAGGUCACACAUUUUUGACACGUUUUUUUUAAUAUUUUAUUUUUUUCAAUGAAUUGGUCUUCCAUUCCUUUUGAUCUACAUUUCACACAUUGGUCCCAUCCUCGCUAGUGGCCCAUGUUAUUAAGGUGAUCAUUUUACUUUGUGGACCCUCUGCUUUGUUGUAGUGAGAGGCGUUGCUAUAGGUGGCAGAAAAUAAAUUUUGAAUUGAGGGGGAGGGAUGCAGUUACCGGUAGUUGUAAUUCCCCAGAUGAUGACAUGCAUAAGUGUAUGCAGAGGGCAGGCUGUAUUAUGUUGUAGAGGGAUUUUUGAAAGUUGGGACAAUCCCCCCCAACAUAAAUUUUAGAGUAGAAAUUAUUUUGAUGUUGUUAUUUGAGCAUAACAAUGACACUUAGCGGAAUUUUAUAAGGGAAAAGAUUAGUUUUGGGAAUUUUUGAAAAUACUUUAAAUAUUUGUUCAUUUCCAUGUCGGCUCUGUGCCUGAAAAUGUUCUUGUCCGAAGCUAAGGAUCCCAAUUUCAAGCGCUCCAAAAAGUGUGGCAAUAUUGGAUAUUAACUGAAAUUAUCUUUAUAUAGUUUCUUGCUAUAGCCCUCUGACUUUAAAGAAUACUUCUCUCAACUGUGAUUCCUAAACAAUCCAGAGAUUUGGUCAACUCUGUCAGAUUUGUCUAAAAUCCUAAAUUAAUCAGGAAUGCUCUGUGUCAGCUAUACCAUUAAGAACCCUCAUGUCAAAUCAAAUUGUAUUAGUCACAUGCGCCAAAUACAACAGGUAAAGACCUUACAGUGAAUGCUUACUUACGAGCCCCUAACCGACAAUGCAGUUUAAAAAAUAAAUACAGAUAAGAAUAAGAGAUAAAAGUAACAAGUAAUUAAAGAGGAGCAGUAAAAAAUAACAAUAUAUACAGGGGGGUGUUGGUACAGAGUCAAUGUGCGCCGGCACUGGUUAGUUGUUGUAGUAUGUACAAGUAGGUAGAGUUAAUUAAAGUGACUAUGCAUGGAUGACAGAGUGGCUGUGGUGAGGGGGGGGGGGGGGGGCGUGGCAAUGUGAAUAGUCUGGGUAGCCAUUUGACUAUAUGUUCAGGAGUCUUAUGGCUUGGGGGUAGAAGCUGUUUAGAAGCCUCUUGGACCUAGACUUGGUGCUCCGGUACCGCUUGCCGUGUGGGAGCAGAGAGAACAGUCUAUGACUAGGGUUGCUGGAGUCUUUUCAAUUUUCAGGGCCUUCCUCUGACACCGCCUGGUAUAGAGGUCCUGGGUGGCUGGAAGCUUGGCCCCAGUGAUGUACUGGGCCAUUCGCACUACCCUCUGUAGUGCCUUGCGGUCGGAGGCCGAGCAGUUGCCAUACCAGACAGUGAUAUAACCAGUCUGGAUGCUCUCGAUGGUGCAGCUGUAGAACCUUUUGAGGAUCUGAGGACCCAUUCUAAACCUUUUCAGUCUCCUGAGGGGGAAUAGGUUUUGUCGUGCCCGCUUCACGAUUGUCAUGGUGUGCUUGGACCAUGUUAGUUUGUUGGUGAUGUGGACACCAAGGAACCUGAAGCUCUCAACCUGCUCCACUGCAGCUCCGUCGAUGAGAAUGGGGGCAUGCUCGGUCCUCGAUUUGAUCGCCGCCUACUCCUCAGAAGGCAGCCCACCCUCCGGCCUCUCUUUCACCGCCUUCUCUUCACGCAGAUCAUUUGGGUCGGGCCUGUUCCCGAGGGAGCCGUAUAUCCUCCGCCCUGGGCUUGUCAGAGUCGUGAAGGAAGAAAAAGGAUUCUGCUAGUCCAUGGUGAGUAAUCGCAGUCCUGAUGUCUAGAAGUUAUGUUCGGUCAUAAGAGACAGCAGCAGCAACAUUAUGUACAAAAAUAGUUCAAAAAAUAAGUUAUUAACAAACAAAAAAACAAUCGGUUGGCGGCAUGUAAAACGUCUGCCUUCUACUCUGGCGCCGUUUUAACAUUUGUGUCCUCAUUACAUGCACAUGUAGUGCAACAAGACCACUCAUGGUCUGUAAAGUGCUGCACUUUUGAUAGAUUUAAACAAACAAUAUUGGAAUCACCAUGGUCACAACCGUAAACUGUCAACUCCAUCUGCCUGAUAGAAUAUACAUUUUGGUUAAAAUAUGUUACUUUUAAUAUGGCUCACAUUUCUAGUAUUUGUUUUUAACUCCAUCAGUGGCUUGUCAAGUCUGUCACGGAUGGCUAACCCCCUUAAGAUCGAUUUUUUUUUGGUGGGGGGGGGGGGGGUUCCAUGAAGAUAAAUGUCAGGACUUGCGUCAGCUCUUCCAGUAUGUUUGUGGAAGUGGAAGAAGUUUAAAUCGUUUUACUUAAGUGAAGUGGUGAAAUGUAGUCAGUUCAAAAUGUAAAAAUAUCUGGUCUGAUUACUUUGACUAUAUUAACCUUAUUACUUUGGACUAUGGGGAAGUUAGAGCACAUAUUUAAUCAGAAAUAACUACACUCAGACUAAUACACUCAUAAUAAAUUAGAAAAAGUUUUAUCAUUUGGGGAGAGAAAUAUUAUGGUGCAUCGGGUGCAAGAAAUUUAGAAUUUCAUUAGUGUUAAAAAAAAUAGUUAGUUGACUUUAAAAAAGGUUUACUUGAGUGAAGUAGCAAAAUAUAGUAAACAUUUAAGGUUGAGUUAGUAAACAAACAAAAAAAUCCACAAAUAUACCCACAUUUCUAUAAAACGUAAACAGUUUGAUUAGUGAAUGCCAUAGUGUAGUUACUUGGUAAGAUACUUCUCCCUAGUAGCUGAAAUAAUAUUUUUUCAAAGCCAUUUUAGCUGUUGCGCUAGUUUGGUCUGAACAGAUUCACAAAUCAUUGGAAAUUGUCAUGCUAUGCAGACGUUGUCUCCCUCCGAGGCACGUAUUGCUAGGCCACCCCCCUGCACUUGCCUAGGCAGGCCUGCUCCUGCCGUGGCUAAAGCUAGUCUGCAGAUCUUCUAUAGCUCUGUUAGGUUGGAUGGGGAGUGUCGCUGCACAGCUAUUUUCAGGUCUCUCCAGAGAUGUUUGAUCGUGUUCAAGUCUGGGUUCUGGCAGGACCACUCAAGGACAUUCAGAGACUUGUCCCGAAGCCACUCCUGCGUGGUCUUGGCUAUGUGCUUAGGGUCGUUGUCCUUUUGGAAGUUGAACCUUCGCCCCAGUCAGGUCUGAAGCAGGUUUUCAUAAAGGAUCUCACUUUACUUUGCUCCGUUCAUCUUUCCCUCGAUCCUGACUAGUCUCCCAGUCCCGGUCGCUGAAGAACAUCCCCCAACAUCCCCAUAAUGCUGCCACCACCAUGCUUCACCGUAGGGGUGGUAUUGGCCAGGUGAUAAGCGGUGACUGGUUUUCUCCAGACAUGAUGCUUGGCAUUCAUACCAAAGAGUUCAAUCUUGGUUUCAUCAGACCAGAGAAUUUUGUUUCUCAUGGUCUGAGUCCUUUAGCUGCCUUUUGGCAAACUCCAAACUGGCUGUUAUGUGCCUUUUUACUGAGGAGUGGCUUCCAGAGAUGCAGAGAUGGUCGUCCUUCUGGAAGGUUCUCCCAUCUCCACAGAGGAACUCUGGAGCUCUCUGAGUGACCAUUGGGUUCUUUGUCACCUUCCUGACCAAGGCCCUUCUCCCCCAAUUGCUCAGUUUGGCUGGGCGGCCAGCUCUAGGAAGAGUCUUGGUGGCUCCAAAUUUCUUCCAUUUAAGAACGAGGGAGGCUACUGUGUUCUUGUGGACCUUCAAUGCUGCAGAUUUUUUGGGGGUACCCUUCACCAGAUCUGUGCCUCGACACAAUCCUGCCUCGGCGCUCUACGGAGAAUUCCUUCGACCUCAUGGCUUAGUUUUUGCUCUGACAUGCACUGUCAACUGUGGGCCCUUAUAUAGACUGGGUUGUGCCUUUCCAAAUCAUGUCCAAACAAUUUAAUUUACCACAGGUGGACUACAAGUUGUAGAAACAUCUCAAAUAUGAUCAAUGGAAACAGGAUGCACCUGAGCUCAAUUUCGAGUCUCAUAGCAAAGUGUCUGAAAUACUUAUGUAAAAAAAUAAUUUCUGUUUUUUAUUUGUAAUACAUUUGCAAACAUUUCUUAACCUGUUUUCACUUUGUCAUUAUGGGGUAUUGUGUGUAGAUUGAUAUAGAACAUGUUUUAUUUAAUCCAUUUUAAAAUAAGGCUGUAACGUAACAAUGUGGAAAAAGUGAAGGGGUCUGAAUACUUUCCGAAUGCACUGUACACUCAGUUUGAGGUACACUCUUCUUUACUGAACAAAAAUAUAAACGCAACAUUUAAAGAGCUGAAAUAAAAGCCGUUCAACUGGAGUAGAACAACAUUCCACAGGCCACAAUCAACAGCCUGACCAACUCUAUGUGAAGGAGAUGUCGCGCUAUAUGUGGCAAAUGGUGGUCACACCAGAUACUGACUGGUUUUCUGAUCCACACCCCUACUUUUUAUUUAUUUUAUUUAAGCUAUCUGUUACCAACAGAUGUGUAAUCUCUAUUCGCAGUCAUGGGAAAUCCAUAGAUUAGGGCCUAAGGAUUUUUUUUCAAUUGACUUUCCUUAUAUGAACUGUAAAUCUUGGAAACUGUUGCAUUUUAUAUUUUUGUUCAAUAAUUUGUGCACGAAAGUUCAGAGAAAUAAGCUUUUUUGCGUAUGGAAAAUGUCUGGGGUCUUUUAUUUCAAAUCAAACAUGGGACCAACACUUUACAUGUUGUUUAUUUUUGUUCAGUGUUUAUUCAAAGUAGAUGUAUUUUUUUAUAUGAUUUACAUGUGUGGCUCAGUAAGUAGAGGAUGGCGUUUGCAACGCCAGGGUUGAGGGUUUGAUUCCCAUGGGGAACCAGUACGAAAAUGUAUGCACUACUACUGUAAGUCACCCUGGAUAAGAGCGUCUCCAAAAAAUGACUAAAAUGUAAAAAAAUAAAUAUGUGAAUUUAGUGUAUGAACAUCAGAUGAA